UAAACUUUCAAAAAGUGUGGGAACUGGAGGGAAGGCAAUAAUACUCAACCAGUUUUAGUUUAGUUUUUCCGCUUACUUUAAAGGGGGACGACCGCUUAUUUACAUACAUAAAUAUUUGCUGAUAUAAGCAAUCUCUAGUGGGGACAUAUUUACGUUGGAGCAUACAAACCGGUCAAUCAGUAUCAGUAGAGCGGUUUACCUCGUCUAACGCGUGACUUCAUUCGUUGCAAAUGUGUCAAUGAUAUAGGUAUAUUAUAUGAAUAUCCGUGUGUAAAUUCAAGUUUAAACUAUAACAAUGCGUUUAAUCGCUUUUAUAUUUAUCCUGUUCGGAUUGUGUUACACCCAGACGAACAUAAAUCAGAUGAACCUCCAUCAUGGACUCACGGAGAGAAUUGGUAAUUUUUCCAUCGAAGUUCUUUAUCAUACUACCACGAUGCAAAAGCAAGUUGAAAAUCUUGUGAUGUCUCCGUUUACGCUGUGGACAGUUUUAGCUGUAAUCGCCGAAGGUGCUUCGGGUGAGACUUUAAAACAAAUUAGUCGUGCAAUAAGAGUCUCGCCAAAAUUGAGAGCUAAAACUAGAGAAGAUUUCCGUAAUAUCGCCCAAUGGCUUCUAGUAAACACUUCUACGGUAGACUUGGAGAAGUUUAAUGCAAUUUUUGUCGACGAAAAAAAGUUGCCACUCAAUGAUUUUGUCUCUAUAGCAAAUCAAUAUGAUACUAAAUUGGUUAAACUCAAUUUUACUGGCAGUAAGACUUCGGAAUUAAUAAAUAGAGCUAUUGAUAAUGUGACUCAUGGAAAAAUACCAAAUUUAACUGAUCCUGGUGACUUUGGAGAAACACAAAUGAUAUUGACAAGCGCUUUAUAUUUCAAAGGGCAAUGGACAGUACCUUUUAACAAAAGUUCUACAACAAAACAACCAUUCUACGACAGCCACAGUAAAAAGAUAGGUGAAGUUAACAUGAUGUAUAAUAGGCAUAAUUAUCCGUUUGCUAACAUACUAGAAUUGAAUGCUAGAGUCAUAGAAAUACCUUACGGAAAAGAAAAUCGUUUAUCAAUGCUUAUAAUGUUACCUAAUCCAGGAUUCUCUCUACAAGAUAUGUUUUUAAACUUUAACAAAGUUCCAUUAGACACGAUUUUUGAGAAUUUGAAGUUAUCCACAGAUGAGUAUGGAGAUGAAGAAGUAGAUUGUUUAAUUCCUCGUUUUAAGAUCGAAUCUAGUCUAGAUUUAACUGAAAUGUUAAAAAGACAAUUAAAUAUAAGAGAUUUAUUUGACGAAUCUAAAGUUAGUUUACCAUUUAUGUCAAGGAUACCAAUGUAUGUGACAAAAGUUACGCAUAAAGCUGCUAUAGAAGUGACAGAGGAAGGUACAGAAGCAGCAGCUAUUACUGCUGCGGAGUUCACAAACCGUAUCGGAGUCGUCAGGUUUGAAGCUAACAGACCUUUUUGCUAUCUUAUUAUAGAAAAAACAACAAACUCCAUUGUAUUUGGUGGAUUCUAUCAAUAUCCAUCUUUAUUUUAAUUCAUAAAUUUAUGGUUUUUUUAUCUUUUUAAAUGUCAC